UCAUUUUCCAAAUGAAGAAGUAAUUCGCCAGAAAAAGACAAUUAAAUAAAUCUCAAGAGAAAACCCAAUUUCUUUUCUCUCAUAAAAUCCUACAAAUCCUUUCUUGGGUUCGUCUCUCUUUUACGGUCAAAGAAAAAGGUUGAAGAGAAAAAAAACAUGGCUGAGCAGUUGACGGAGGAGCAGAUCGCUGAGUUCAAGGAAGCUUUUAGCCUCUUUGACAAAGAUGGCGAUGGCUGCAUUACAACCAAAGAAUUGGGGACAGUGAUGAGAUCACUGGGACAGAAUCCAACUGAAGCUGAAUUGCAGGACAUGAUCAAUGAAGUUGAUGCUGAUCAAAAUGGCACUAUAGAUUUUUCUGAGUUUUUGAAUUUGAUGGCACGAAAAAUGAAGGACACUGAUUCUGAGGAGGAACUCAGAGAAGCUUUCAAGGUCUUUGAUAAGGACCAAAAUGGCUUCAUUUCUGCCGCGGAGCUUCGACAUGUGAUGACAAAUCUUGGAGAAAAGCUGACAGAUGAAGAAGUGGAGGAGAUGAUUCGUGAAGCAGAUGUGGAUGGCGAUGGUCAGGUGAACUAUGAGGAGUUUGUUAGGAUGAUGCUGGCGAAGUAAUUAUGAUGUGAUUGUGACAUGGUAGAUGACAGAUUUACCUUAAUGUAGAAUCAGCACAAACAACACCUUCCAUUUUAGACUUUUGUUGAACAAGAGUAGGUUUUAAUUUUCUGUUUAAUAUUAGUUUUUCGCUCUAUUAUGGAUUUAUAAACUUGUUUGCGUGGUUCUAUAGAGCUUUCCCAUAUGUUCGUGGUUUUUUUUUAUUCUUUGCUUCUGUGCCUCCAUAUAUCUAUAUAUGAAUAUACAGUUUAUUAUA